AAGUUGGUAAUAAUCCUGGAAAACUUAAGAUUUGUGAAUCUCAUUUUAAUUUAGAUCAAGCUUCUGAUUUUUAUCUAACUGGAUCAAAGCAAAAUACUGAUCCUACUUCUGCUAUAAUAUCUUAUAAAUGA